AUGAUUCUAACGCAGUUCAUUCCGGAUGCAUCAGGCGAUAAACGAUCCCGUUCAGCGGUUUUUCGGGAGUCCACUCCAAGUCGCUUUUCACAGAGGAUCAUCGAGAAGAUUGAAACGGCUCGACCAUCAACAGUGGUUCACGAGCGCUCGAAGAGCCCAGAUUCUACUAUUCAGAAAAGCAAAUGGUUCCGCGCAUCCAUAUCCAAGUUGAGCGAUUUUGUCCGCGAUAGGAUGCUCACAUCUCCUUUUGUGGCUGCGAUUAACAUUGCAAUCAGUACACCUUUGGUGUAUUGGCUAAAUUUACUUGUAUUUGCUCCGGCGGAUGCUGCACAAUCAAACAAAACAGAGCACUACACGUUAUGGAGCCCUGCACGUCCAUUUGAGGCAGUAUUAUGGCCAACUAAUCGUCAGGCUUACUUGGACUUGGGAUGCUUUAGUUUCAUCGCUACUUUCUGGAUGUUGCAGCUUUUGCUCGCUCUUUUCGUUCCUAUCGGCUUUCGUGUGGACUCCAAUCCGGAAUCUCGAAGAAUGGACUAUCGGUGCAACGGUUUGUUCGCCUUCAUUUUCUGCCUUUGUAUNUUUGAUCACAGCUUCUGUCUGCUUGGCUAUCCCAUGCAGUUUCAUAGCUCACAUAGCUUCGAAACGGUCUUCGAGAAUUCUGGUUAA